ACACACACACACACACACACACACACACACACAAAGACACGCACACUGAGGUCCUGGCAAAAGUGGACGUGAAUACUGUAGGUGAAGAAUUCAUCCAGUGUUACAAUUACGCAGCCUAUUUUUGGGGAAUUUUGAGGAGCACUAAGAAAGUGUUGCUAUGAUGAUGUCAAUCGGUAUGGCUUCUCUUCCUCUGAUCUUUCUGCUCAUUUUUUACGAGGUGUCUAGUGCUGAUUGGGGUGUGAGUUAUAGUAAUUCACAGAUCUGUGCACUAAAGAACUCAUCAGUGACAAUCUACUGCACUUAUACAUACCCUACUGGACAUCAGAUCAAGAAAGUGUUCUGGGCCAAAAACUCUGUUGGUGAAGAGUAUACAAAUCUGUCUGAGGACCCUGAAUACAGUCAGAGGCUUCAGUAUCUGGGAGAUAAACAGAAUAACUGUACCAUCAGACUGAGUCAUGUGACACAGAAGGAUUCACAAAAUUACUAUUUCAGAUUCAUAACCGAAUUGGAUAAAUGGAUUGGUAAACCAGGAGUGUCUCUUACUGUCACAGAUCUUCAGGUGGAGUCUCCUGAGACAGUGAAAGAGGGUCAUAAUGUCAGUCUGACAUGUAAAAGCAGCUGCACUCUGACUGACAGAGCAACAUUCAUCUGGUUCAGAAACUCACAGCCAUUAACUGAGAGAAGAGACAGAAACAAUCAACUCCUGCUGCAGUCAGUCAGAAGAGAGGAUGCAGGCAGAUACAGCUGUGGUGUACAGGGACACAAACUCACAUCACCAGCAGUGGAGCUAAAUGUUACAUUUGAACCCAGUAGCGUCUCAGUGUCCAUCAUCAGUCCAUCUGGUGAAAUAGUGGAGGGAGAUUCAGUGACUCUGAUCUGCAGCAGUGAUUCAAACCCUCCUCCAGAAAUCAGCUGGUUUAAAGAAGGAAUGUUUGUAGGAUCUGGAAGAAUCUACAGCAUCUCAAAGAUCAGCUCUGAUAACAGUGGAGAAUACAAGUGCAAGUCCAAUAAUGAACAUGGAGAGAAAGACUCUGAAGCUGUGACUUUAAAUGUCAUGUACCCUCCUAGGAAUGUCUCAGUGUCCAUCAGUCCAUCUGGUGAAAUAGUGGAGGGAAAUUCAGUGACUCUGAGCUGCAGCAGUGAUUCAAACCCUCCUCCAGAAAUCAGCUGGUUUAAAGGAGGAAGAAUAUUAGGAUCUGGAAGAAUCUACAGCAUCUCAAAGAUCAGCUCUGAUCACAGUGGAGAAUACAAGUGCAAGUCCAGAAACAAACAUGCAGAGAAAUACUCUGAUGCUGUGAUGCUCAAUGUGACGUAUGCUCCAAGAAAUGCAGUGGCGUCCAUCAGUCCAUCUGGUGAAAUAGUGGAGGGAGAUUCAGUGACUCUGAGCUGCAGCAGUGAUUCAAACCCACCUGCAGAAAUCAGCUGGUUUAAAGGAGAAAUGUUUGUAGGAUCUGAAAGAAACUACAACAUGUCAAAGAUCAGUUCUGAUUACAGUGGAGAAUACAAGUGCAAGUCGAGAAAUAAACAUGGAGAGAAAAACUCUGACGUUGUGAUUUUAAAUAUCAUGUAUCCUCCCAGGAACGUUUCAGUGUCCAUAAAUGGAUCUGGUGUAAUAGUGGAGGGAGAUUCAGUGACUCUGAUCUGUAGCAGUGAUUCAAACCCACCUGCUCUGGACUUCAGCUGGUUAAAAGGAAGAAUGAUUGUAGGAUCUGGAAGAAUCUACAACAUCUCAAAAAUCAGCUCUGAUCACAGUGGAGAAUACAAGUGCAAGUCCAGAAAUAAACAUGGAGAGAAAUACUCUGAUGCUCUGACUUUAUGUGUUAUGUCAGUCAGAUGGGUUUUGUGGUUUAAAGCAUUUGGUGUUGGUGUGGCUGUUGGUGGGGUUGCUUUUGGACUUGGAGGAGCAUCAGUGUACACUUGCCUUACUAAAAGGAUGAACAGAAGAUCUGCAAUGAAGGACUCUGGGAACUCAGAUCCCAGUGAAGACUUUAACCUGUGCAACGCAUAUGAUGAGCUGUAAUCCAUCCUUACCAUUGUAUCACCUCCAGGACAACAUUUAAUCAUUUGAUCUAGAAGGGGGAAAAAAUCAAAUUUAAUUUGGACACCAAAUGUGUGUUAUGCCUUUAAAUACACAUACACGGGCAUUUUCUGUCUUGCUUCUAAAUAAAAUAAGAAAACAUCUAUACAUAUAUUAUUUUUUUAUUAUUUUUCUUAGAGAGUGAUUCUUAGAAACAUUAUGUUCAUAAAUAAUGUGUGAAAAUAUUACAUAUGACUUAAAAUUUCUAACAAAAUGUAAUACAAUUUAGUUGUGUGAUAAACUAAACUAAUAAUUCAAGAUAUAUCUAAAAUAUGGUCAAUUCACGUUGUUGUAAUUCUAAUGAUACUUACAUUUUUAUAUUUAAUUAUUUUAUUUUGUUAUCCAUUAUUGUUAUUAGUAGAAUCAUUUUUCAUGUAUUGUUUUCCACUGCUCGCCAGACUUGUAAGUAACACUUUUUUUUUUUUUUUUUUUUUUUUUUAUCUCUCAAGUUCUCAGCAGAGGAUGAUUAAACAGCUCCACAAACAGCAGCACCAGCUUCACUUAUUAAUUAUCAGGGCUGUGUUUCGCAUACAGCGACAUAACUCACUGAUACUGACCACCAUAGUACGAUGUAUUGUCGGUGAAACAGAUAAGCUAGUUGUUUCCCGAACAUAGUUGCACCUUCAUCAUUUGAGCUACAUUAAUCAGACAAUUUACGGACGUUGUUAGUGACAUCACAUGCAUGUGGUGGAGUAAUAACUAACCAUCAAUAAGUUUUUUUGUUCUAAAAAUGAUCUAAGAACAUUUCCAUGGAUUGUUCUACCAAUGUUUUUAACAGGUAGUUUUAUUUCUGUUCCCAGAACGUUCUCUCAAAACAUAGGAUAACAUUCUCUAUAAACUUUCUAAAAAUGUUUAUUGUUAACAAUAUUAGAACAUCAUCACCCUAACAUUCUAAUUAAGAUUUAAUCAGAUGUUGAUGUCUGCUUAAAAGUAAUAGUUUGGUUUGAUGUCACCAUAAUGAUGGAAAGUGUUGUCUUUAGUUGUGCAAUUUGACACUUGACUUGUCAGUGUUGUUCUUUAGCUGCUGUGAUCUUUAUUAGAGCAAAAACAGCAAGAAAACAUGUGGUUGGGUGAUUCCGGUUGCUUGCUAAUUAGAGGUCCCCUUCUUUGUGAUCCCAUGUUUUAAACUUUAGUUAGUGUAUAAUGUUGUUGUUAGAGUAUAAAUAAUAUCUGUAAAAUUCUAAAGCUCAAAAUUCAAUGCCAAGCGAUAUAUUUUAUUUAACAGAAUUUGCCUACAAAAAACCACCCGUUUGGACUACAUGCCUCUAGUUCCUGCAGUAAUGACAUCACUAAAACUGUUUUUUGACUAACCUCCGCCCACAUGAAUUCACAUGUUAGGAUGUUAGAGAAUAAUGUUCUAACAAGUUUUUAGAAUGUUUUAGAGAAUGUUAUCCUACCUUUUAGCAGAACAUUCUUGGAAUUAAAAUAAAAACUUGCCGCUGAAAACAUUCUUAGAACAAGAAUUUUUUUUUAGGUGGGUAUGCUAAUCUGGUCAAGAAGAGUAAACUUGCAGCAGCUAACAUCUCUUGAUUCAAUAAAUCAGACAAGUCCUGUGAGUCAAGUUAACAAUAAAAAACUGCAUUAUAGUAAAGGCUUUGUAAAACUGUACCGCUUUUUUAGCUUUUUAAACAGCAUUCUCCGUCCUACACCAACUACGCACACAUUUCCUUUCAUGUAAGUCUAUGAAAGACGAUUGAACCAAUCAGAGUAGGUGUGGGGCGGGGCUGUACGUGCAACCCUGCCACAGGUGCAGCCCCGCCUCGAUCUGCAGGCUGCAGCCGAGUGUACUUGAGAAACUCUGCUUCUAACCACAGGUCAACCUGUAGCUCCUACCAUGUAAGUUUGCGAUGCAGUUUGCGAAUGAACUAUGGAAACACAGAAUCAUUAAACUAUGUUGUUAACAAUGGAAUUGUGACCAUAGUUGGCUAACGAUGCUUUUAGGGUAUGCACCCCAGAUUGACUUUAUUCCGAAGACCUUAUUGAGAAUUACAGGUUCAUGUUUUGUUGAAAAUGUUUUGUUUAAACCAUUAUUAUGAUUAUUGUCAUCUUUAUUUGACCUUUGACUUUUUGUUCUAGUUCUUAAUGUUGAGUUACAUUAUCAUUUAAAUACAAAGACAUCAAGAAUCAGCAUAUGGAUAUUAAGAUAAACAGACCAAACUGAACAUCACAAAUCAAGAAACUUAAGUCAAAAUUUUAUUGAUUUAAAAAUAAAAUUGUAUUAAUUUAGCUGCAUUAUUAAUUCAUGCCGCAGUGCAUGCUGGGAGCCAUGGAUGUGGUUUAUACACCGCUGGUUAAAGCAAGCUUCUAUUGAUUGUCACUGUUGUUGAGAUUUAUAUUCUGAUUGUUGAUGUCUUUGUCUGCCUAACUCAAAGGUUUCCAGUCCAGCUUGCAAUCUUUAGUUCUAAUUAUCUCCCACUUAAUGU